AUGCCGGAUAUGCUUUCUCAGUAUCGGCGAUAUGAAGACGAACUAUUACACUACAAAAGCUGGUGCAUGAUAUGGAUAACAAUUGGUAUAGUGCCAUAUGGACUCAUCAUUCUUAACAGUGGUGUAAAUUUAAACUGGGUUAUGUUCACACUGCAGGGAGUUCUUAACGCAUUUCCCUUUCCACUUCUAAUGACUGUUGUAUGGUCAAAGUGUACCGCAAAAGCUGUAAUUACAGGUAGUAUAAUGGGAGCAUUUGCAUAUUUCGCUGGAGUACUAAUUGUAGCCGAAUUAGUGUAUGAAGGAGGUUUAGGUAACUUUCUAACCAAUACUUCCGCAGAUUACAGCAUAUUAGGGGGAAUAACUUCCGCUGUAAUCAUGAGUGUCAGCUGCACAAUAAUCAUAUCGCUCUGUUCACAUAAUAUCAAGACAAAACAAGAUGCAGACAGAAUUUGGGAUAAAACUCUAUCAAUUGACAAUCCUUUAAAUCCUUGGAGAUACAUUUACGGAGAAGAACUUGCAAAUAUAAAUGUUUCAGAAAACACUAAGAUAAAUACAACCCAUAUGACCAAAAUUUUCAGAAACGCACGGAUACUGGCAGUAGUGGGUGGUUUGAUAAGUUUUGUUAUAUUUGGAGUAGUCAUUCCUGCCAACGUUUUAUCAUUAGAAAUAUUGACCUUUGAUCAGUUUUCAUCAUGGACGUUUGCCUGCCAGACAUGGGUAAUGAUUGCUGCUGCGUUUGCUAUAGUAGUGCCUCCUGUCGAGGAAAUAGUGCAGAUUGUAAGGUUCUAUAUCAGGAACAAGUCAAACGAGUUUCUUAAUAAGGAAGAAAAUACGCUAUCUGGAAGUAUGCAAAGCUUAGUAGAUAUAAACUAGAGAGUGUUACAUCGGAAAUUUAUUUGAGAGAUAAUGUAGUAUAAUAAAUA